CCACCAGCACUUUCUUACCAAACCAAAACAAAAGCCACCCAAAACCAAUCUCUCUCUCCUCUUUCUCUCUCUUACCACUUCAAGCUCCUCUUCUUCUUCUUCUUCUCUCUCUCUUCCUGCUUGAAGUUUGGUUCUUCAACAGCUCGUCGAAGCUCGACCCGACCCGACCCGCGAGAUGGAGCCGUCGCCGCACCACCAGGAGAGCUCGAGCCCGCCUCGGCUCCUCCCGUCGCCGACCAGCCACAGCGUCACCACCACCACCAGCAGCAGCAGCUCCAACACCAACAGCAGCCCAAGAACCGCCGCUAACCCUAGUGGGCUAGGCCCCCACCAACACCAACACCACCACCACCACCCGCCGCAUCCCCCGCCGCAGCAGCCCUCUCCCAAACCCCUGACCCGAUCCGAGCCCGCCAACCCCUACCCGACCACCUUCGUCCAGGCCGACACCUCCUCCUUCAAGCAGGUCGUCCAGAUGCUCACCGGAUCCCCCACCACCACCGCCUCCGCCGCCCCCAAGCCCGACCCCACGCCGCCCUCCGCCUCCAAGAUCCACAACAUCCCCCCCAUAAAGUCAAUGCCCAAGAAGUCGGGCUCCGGAUCCGGGUUCAAGCUCUACGAGCGCCGGAACUCCCUCAAGAACUUCAAGAUCAACCCGCUCGUCCCCUUCUCGGCCCAGGCCGGUCCCGGGUUCUCGCCGCGGAAGCCGGAGAUCCUCUCCCCAAGCAUUCUCGACUUCCCGUCCCUCGUCCUCAGCCCGGUGACCCCGCUGAUCCACGACCCGUUCGGCCGAUCGUCCGCCGCGGGCGCGGCGGCCGCCGCCGCCGCGAACUACCCCGACGAGAGAAACGAGAGCCCCAGCUUGGAUCCCGAGGCGGAGGAGCGGGCGAUUCGUGAGAAGGGUUUCUUCUUGCACCCGUCGCCGGCCACGACGCCGCGCGAGGCCGAGCCCCGGCUGCUGCCGCUGUUCCCGGUCUCCUCGCCCAGGGUUUCAGGUUCUUCUUCUCAUUGAACGAGCUUUGCGUGAAGCGAAAAAUAAUCGGGGGAAAAAAAAGAUUUUUAAAUUUUGUGUAAGAAUUGUUAUAUGCUUUUGGUGGUAAAUUGGCGACGAGGCAGAGGACGAGAGGAUGAGGAGGAUGCUGGAAAUUUGUAACCCGAUUGUUUUUUUGAAGAGAAUGAGAGAAUUCUUGCUUCAAAUUGUAUAGUUCGAUCUCCAUUUCCUCCCUUCUUUUCAUGGCUUGUUUGUGUAUUGAAUGCAUCCUGAUGCUCUAGAUUGAAUUUAGCCCCACAGCAUCAUCGGAAGCUAUGAAUUCCAUGAUUUUACAGA